AAGUACAGUAAAGAUAUAAAAACUUUCUCACAUUCGUAUUUUACCUAUCAUACAAUUUUUUUUACCCAUGUGUUGAAAAAUAUUGAACGCUACCAACAUGAGAAUGUCACUCGAGUUCGGACUUUUUUUAAUGGCUUUUUUAAUAGCCGGAGUAGCUUGCCGAACAUCUUCUACACAUGAAACAUUGAAUGGCCGACAGACCGAUAGGAACAAUAAUUCCCCAGAUGCUGAGGCAGAAAUGGAGGAAUCAAACGAAGAGGAAGCCCACGAAGAAAAAGUAGACACCGAAACAGGAGAAGUUGAAGAAACUGAAGGACCACUCUUAACGUGCACACUUUUCAACGAUGACUCCGCAUGUAACGCUAUGUGCUCGAUGAUGGGAUCAAUUUACGGCGAACCUGUAAAUUCAGGGACCUGUAUAGAACGAGAUUGCAACUGCGAUGAACCAUCAAACGCCACCCUCGAAGAUUUCUGGAAACUAAAAUUCGACUCUCCGGAUAUUCUGCAAGAAAUUCGUAAAAAUAAUAAACUAUCUAGUAAAAUUUUCGAUGUCCUGAAGAUCCCAUACCAAACACCACAACAAACCAAACAAAAUCUAGCAUCACUAUUAACUCCCCAACAACUGGAAAAUCUUCGCGUGAAAAGUGAAGAUACUCAGAAACUAUUCAAUGAAAAUGGAAUCCCUGAUGCCGUCGCUGUUCAGAAGUACGUCACCGAGAAGCUGAAAUCUCUUCAACCGCCACUUGAAGCCAAAGAUUACAAGAAAUUAUUACUCAAAUCAAUAGAUUAUGCAGAUGAGGAUACUUUCAACCACAUCUUGCACACAAUCCGCCGAUCAAAAAAUAAACUUUUGAAUCAAAUUCUCGACAAAUAUGUAAGUGAUCACGAAAUUGCAGAGUCUCCGAUGCAGUCAGAUGAUGAUACAGAAGAAUCAAUAGUUGAUAUUUUAGACACCGCCCUGAUCAACGAAAUCAUCAAACCAGUAUCUCGCAAGAUCCAACCUGGUGCUCGUGGUAAAUCGUCUUUAAAAUCACCCUCGUCGCGUUCCAAAUCAACCCAAUCAAAAGAAAAUACUCCCAAAAAGCAGAAUAGCAGUUCUAGCUCAUCUGGAAAAACUUCAAAUCGUAAAAGUACCAAUAUCGAAAAAAAACUCUACACUUUGAAAGGAUUCGAUCAGACACAAGUAGCUCGAUUCAAACAAAAAGCAAAGGGAAAACAAAACUGGGACAACUGUUGGAAUGAGGUCCAUGUCUAUGAGGUUUGUACAACUCGAUACUCCUUUGUAGAAUAUUUCACCUGGAAAAACAUGAAAGAACAAAUUGUUGUUGAAAUGAGAAAAUUCAACAAUGGUAACGUAGGGCAAACUUGGAAAUUUGACGGCUGUGGUUUCGAAUUACAACGAAAAGCGGAUGGUAAAAUCAUUCAGUAUUGGGAUUUGCCCAACGGUUCUCACUGGGAGUACAUUAAAUCUCCUGAUGGUGAAGUUACUCAGCAUUGGGAAGGUAAAGAAGAUUGGAAAUCUGUAGAGUACUUUAAAUCGUUUAUGGAUUCGUGGUGUGCUGAGAACGGUUCCUAUUAUAAUGUAGGAGGAGAACCCUGUAUCAUGUACUGAGGGUGAUUCAGCUGAAAUUUGGCGAGAACCGAUUUUAUGUACCUACCUAGAUAUUACAAUUUGUAAAUUAAAUUACUAAAAAUAUAAUUUAGAUGCAUGAA